AUGCCGGGGGUUAGCCAACCCGUGUUCUACUGCGCUCUGCGCAAGCUAAAAUGUACACCGCAGGUGAUUAGGAGCUCCAACCGGACCCUAGCAAGCCUCAGCUAUUUCCACAAUCCCGGACGAGAGCCUCUUCUGCCAUGGACCCUGGGGCAGGUGGUGGACAGGACGGCCGACAUCAAAGGAGACAACGCCGCUGUCGUGUCCCGCCACCAGAACAUCACAAAGACAUAUACGCAACUCAGAGAUGACGUUAAUCAGUUCGCUGCUGGUCUGGUCUCCCUCAAGCUUGCGGUUGGCUCCAAGAUAGGGAUGCUCGCGCCGAACCUUUACGAGUGGGUGGUGGUGCAGUUCGCUGCGGCCAAGGCCGGACUGGUUCUGGUAAACGUUAACACGGCAUACCAGGUUCCCGAACUCGAGUUUUGCCUUAACCACGCAGAGUGUGCAGCUCUCAUCGUGGCGGGCAAGUGUUCCCGACAAGACUACUACAAGAUGUUGCUUCAAAUGGCGCCCGAGGUAGAGCGAGGAGCUUUUCCGGGAGAGCUGAAGAGCACCAGACUGCCGUCUUUGAAGCAUGUGAUCUUGAUCAACGAUGCCCCCAUGCGCGGCACAGUGACGUUGGACGACCUGAUGAAAUCUGCCGCGGGCGCAGACCACGCCGCCAUGCGUUCCAUCUCUUCGAAGCUGCAGUUCGACGCAACAGUAAACGUGCAGUUUACUUCCGGCACAACCGGGCGACCCAAGGCGGCCCAGCUGUCCCAUUUCAACGUGGUGAACAACGCCAACUUGAACGGCCGUCUAUUCGGACUCCACGAAAACAGCGAGUCGAUCUGCCUCAACGUCCCCAUGCUCCACUGCUACGGCUGCGUCUGUGGCUCGCUGGCAGCGGCGAUAUUUGGAUCCACCAUAGUGAUGCCGGCACCAAGUUUCAAAGCGAAGGCGGCUCUUGAGGCCAUCACGGAAGAGAGAUGCACGUUUAUCUAUGGAACUCCUACAAUGUACGUCGACAUGAUAAAUGAGCAACGAGAAGGCAUGUACGAUGUUUCGUCCGUUCGGAAAGCUGUCAUGGCCGGAGCUCCAUGUCCCCAGGAACUGGUGAAACACGCAAAGAAGACGCUGAACGUGCAAAAGUUCUACAUGAUGUACGGUUCUACGGAGGCCAGUCCGAUUAUAACCGGUACGAACCCUUCUGAACCGAUGGAGCAGUGGAUCGAGACGGUGGGGACUCCAUUGGAUCACACUGAGGUGAAGAUCGUCGAUUCGCAAGACAGAAUCGUCCCCGUCAACCAGAGCGGGGAGCUGUGCGCUCGAGGCUACCUCGUCUUCAAGGGAUACCUCAAGCAGGACGAAAAGACGAGGGAGGUCGUGCGCGACAACUGGUACCACACCGGCGACGAAGCGACGAUGAGCGAAGAGGGUCGAAUCACGAUCCGGGGUCGCCUGAAGGACUUGAUAAUUCGCGGAGGAGACAACAUCUAUCCGCAAGAAAUCGAACAUUUCCUCUACACACAUUCGGACGUGUUGGAGGUGCAGGUGGUUGGGGUCCCCGAUCCAAGGUUUGGGGAAGAGGUAUGUGCCUGGAUCAAAUUAAAAUCCGGGAAGAAAUUAAGCCACGACGACGUCAUAAGCUUCUGCAAAGGCAAGAUCAGCCACUACAAGAUUCCAAGAUACGUGCUCCUUGUUGACUCUUUCCCGAAGACGGAGUCCGGAAAGAUACAGAAACAUAAGAUGCGGGUCGAGAGUGUGAAGAUUCUCAAUCUAUGAAGAACGACCAGCAUUCUUGAUUGUUUCUAUAAAUGAGGCACUGCAGCGCUAGCUACUCUGACAUAGGGUGCCUCAAUGACCUUCUGUUUAGAAUGAUGCCACCCUUGGUAGUACCCGAU